AUGAGCAGGAACGGUUUAGAUGACCGUGUGAAUAGAUUGUACUCGUUGAGCAGACGAUGGUAUCCAGAAUUGAAGAAAGACUUCUCCAAUACACUCAUCAACAAUGUACACUCUGAGCUCUACGAUCUGGAGAAUCUGUACUUGCCCCAGACUUCAUGUCUUGAAGUAUUGUUAGAAACAAAAUACUUCGAGAAAGUGCUAUGGGCGAACUUUAAUGAAGAUGUCACAACGACCCACAUUGAACAAAUUUUGCAUUUGGACUGGCUCUCGACCUAUUUUGAAUAUGAGAAGUUUCGUCACAAUUCAAUCUCUAGUAUGUUGAGGAGCGAAGACAACAUCAACUUUAUCAUUAGAAUCUUGGAAAUUACCUUCAAACUCACAGCAUCUACCAAUUAUAGACUCAAUUCCCUCGUAUUGCGGUUUUUCAGUAUCUCCAAACCCCUUCCUCUGUGUUUGGAUGAGAUAACAGAUAUAAUCAUAUGGAAUAAUGUACCUAGUCUAACGUCGAAUCUCGCCAGCCCCUACAAAGAACGCUUAAAAGAAGCAGUUGUUAAAUUUGAAAAGAUAGAAGAUGCUUCUCAAAGAAGAAUAUCAACGCUCACAAACAAAUGGCUCUUUAAUUUAUUGCAUGAUACAGCUAGACAACACAUACUAAUAUCCACCAAAUCGUCCAUUCCUCCAUUUUACUUCGAGUAUCUAAAUGAACUUUUAAAUUUCUUAGCUUUUCUCGUUUUUAACUAUCCGGAGAAAGCAGAUGAAUUUAUUUUACAGUCCAACAUAGUCUCUAUUGUUUCAUUCAAUUCGUCCCUCAAGAAUCUGCUAGAACAAGUGAAGCAGAAAUUUCUUUCCCAUUUUGCUACAAAGCAGAGUAGCUUCGAGAUACUACAACAUUUAAUUUACAAUAGAACUAAGGUUGUUGUAGAUGUUGAUAUUGCUGUUCCACAUAACAUAGCUAUAGAUGAGAUUUCAAAGCAUUUACAGAAUUUUAGUAUUCUAGAUUUAGCAUCAUUGGCUAGUGAUUUCAGAUCAAUUAAGGAUCCAUUGGUUCUCUUUGGGUCUACAGAGUUGGAUGAUAAGAUGAAACUUAGUAUUUUAGUUCAAACAGUAUGUGAUGGAAUUGCUCAACCUAAUGAAUCUAUCUCAAAAUUUAUUUCUAAGUUGGAUGAAUACGACUUGAUGGACAAUCCAAAGUUUUCGUACCCUCGAGGAUGUAUUUCUUCCAUUCUCAGUCCAUACAGAUAUCCAUUUGCGAAUAAAAAUAAUUCGUCUUUCACAAUUAAGAAUCUUCAGGAAGAGUUUCAAAUUUAUCUUCAUCAACAUAUUUCAGGAGUAUUGGAAAGGCUACGGAUUGAUCCAAAAAGUGGCAUUCAAGGCAAGAGCAAAUAUUUCCACAAAGUUGAAUCACUUGAGAAUGUUAAUGGAAGUACAUUUUCUAUGAAAACCAAAUCAAUUGUCCCUGCAUCAAUACAGUUUAUCGUCUUGGUAGAGAUGUUAAAACCAGUACAGUAUUCUAAACAGAAGCGUAUGAAGGAAUUUGGAGUUAAUGUGAUUAGAAUCGUACAAAUCAGUUCGAAUUCUGUGGAUGGAAAAGAUGCCACUUUCAAGUUCACUUUUAAUGAAGAAAUUCAGUCAUUUUCAAGUAGAAUAAAUCAUUUUAUUUCUGUUCCGUUUUCGGUGCCGGGAAGUUCACUCCUUGCACUUUCAGACAGUAAAGCUGUUCCAAUACAAAAAAAGAAUGAAUCAAUAUCUCCAGUAGACUACCAAACUCCAUUGGGAAUCUCCAUUUUGUCUGAAACAAAGAGUGAAAAUGGUAAAGACCGAUCGCAUGAGAACGAAUUAUGGGAAGUUGAAAGAAAUGGAGACAUAUUGAGCAGUUAUCAAAGAGAUAUUAUGGCAAAUAUUAUUAAAGGACAUGGCAAAGCGUUCAGGUUUGAGAAAGGGUGUGGCAUGAAAAAGUUGAUUUCACUAAUCUUGACUCUGAAUCUUAGUAAUUCCCGAUGUCUUGUCAUAGUACCCAGCAGAAAUUACUCAAGACAAAUUCCUGCUUCUAUUUUAGAAAAUCGAGUCUCAUACUUGAGAUACGGUAGCGAACAGGACAUUCGGUCUCUCAGCAAUUUUGUCAAGGAAACAUAUAAAGCGACGAUCGGUUUAAUAGGCGAGAAAUGCGAAGUGGAAGAGAAUGAGCUGGUAUCCAUUGCUGGUAUUUACAAGUUCGAACAACGUCUUAAAUUGGAGUGGUCUAAGAUUGCGAACUCUUUAUCUCUAGGAGUAGAGACAAAAAAUGAAUUGAAGAGCGCCUUCGCUUUCUUUAGUGGCGCUGAUUCACCAGUGCCACAAUCGGUGAACUUCAAGAUGGUAUUCAAGGCAUAUAAGAAACGCCGAUAUGCCUUAGCACUUGCUGCUACAUUAAUUCCGAUUAUUGAAUUGCAUAGCAAGGGGAGAAACGAUGACGUAUGGAACCUUUUGUUUCGCAAGUUCAGUUCUAUCAUUGCUUAUGAAGACUAUUUGAACUUAUUACAAAACAAUUCUCAUCAUAAUAUGAACAAUUUCGAUAAUAUAAUUGUCGUCAACGGAUGGCCGGGAGCAGCAUUAGUGGCGGGUUUGAAAAAUACCCAUACAAGGAAAGUAGUUGAAAUUGGUGCUAGACAUGUGCUCAGUUCGACUAAAUUAGGCGAGCAGGAACCAGUAUUGUUUCAGUGGAGGCCAGAAUUUAUACCAAUCUCUAAACAGAAUCUCAAACUCGUUAACAAGAAGAUUAGAAAUUUCAACCCUGGUUUGAAGCAUGUCUUUCAAGUUAUAUAUACCGAGGAUCAAGUCGAUAGCAUGGAGUAUAGUGUAUUGUUGUAUCAAUACUUAAGACUUCUCGGAUAUCCGUCAUCAAAGAUAUGCAUUUCUGUCGGUUCUCUUUUGCAUAGAGCACUCUUAGAGGAAGUCUUGAGUAAGCAUUGUACAAAGAUUAGCAAAGAUAAGUCUAUCAAGUCAGCCAAUGAAAGUAGUGAUGAUCCAAAAGAUUUCCAAUUCGGAUGGCCCGACAUCUUAAUUUAUGAUGAUCCAGAUUACUACUUUGAUACUUAUGAAUAUGGUAUCAUUUCAGCAGUCAGUCAGACUGCAAACAGGUUGGAAGUCAUUAGUUUACCAGGAAGAUUUGGCAAUUACAUUAUUGGACUGCAAAUAUAUUCACAUGAGUUCGAGCUUCCUGAGGUGGCUGAUCUUGAAGUUGUUGUAGGAGAGAACUACAAUACUGAAGUGCGGAAGCAGUCGCAGCUGUAUCCUAUCGAAAGCAAAGACCAUUUUGAACAGUACAUUCACAACAUGACAAAGGUAAGGCUCGGGCACAAGAAGUAGCAUACAUAAUAGAACUAAUAGAAUAAAAUACCAUUUU